GUAUUAAACGCACAUGUUGUAGGGCUGUGCUGUUUCCAGAGUAGGACCGGUGCUGUUCAGCCCACUGCAGCCGCGGUAGGCUACUUCCGUUCCGCAGAGGGCGACAGGCACCAGCCAGCCGAGACUGUGGCGGAGGUCCAGACACAAUAGACUGGGUUCCGGCUCUUCUUCAAUCCAAACCGGUAUGUCGGAUGAGGAUUCCCGUGCCAGCACCAGCUCUUCCUCGUCGCCGCCUUCCUCCAGCCAAACCAGACAGAGGGACACACCUUGCAAGAAGAAACGGGAGAGCAAAGCCAGCAUGAGCAAGACCUCCAAGCUGCUUUCCACCAGCGCCAAAAGGAUUCAGAAAGAGCUGGCUGACAUCACACUGGACCCUCCGCCAAACUGCAGUGCUGGCCCAAAAGGAGACAACAUCUAUGAGUGGAGGUCGACCAUCCUGGGACCACCGGGCUCCGUGUACGAGGGAGGCGUCUUCUUCCUGGACAUCGCCUUCACACCUGACUACCCCUUCAAACCCCCCAAGGUAACUUUUCGUACGAGGAUCUAUCACUGCAACAUCAACAGUCAGGGGGUGAUCUGCCUGGACAUCCUGAAGGACAACUGGAGCCCCGCCCUCACCAUCUCCAAGGUGCUGCUGUCCAUCUGCUCCCUGCUCACAGACUGUAACCCAGCUGAUCCCCUGGUGGGAAGCAUCGCCACCCAGUACACGACUAACAGAGCGGAACAUGACCGAACAGCCAAACAGUGGACAAAGCGAUACGCCACAUAAACCCACAGAGGACGGCAGAGGAAGGAGGGGCUGGGGAGGUGGGGGUGGUUUGUGUUGGGGGGGUUAUUUCUAUCUCAGAUUUUUAGUACUUUAUUGUCUGGUAUAUUUUUUGCUUCCUGAUUAAGUUAUCUGCGCAAAUAUGGUAAUAAAGGAACACAAUAGAAAGGAA